AUGGUUUUCCGUCCCAUGGCUACCAAAACCGACUUUAUCAUCGCGGGCUGCACUGUUGCAGACAGCGAUGAGCUGACCAACAACAACAUUCCCGCUUUUUGGGCGGAUCCGCAUUGGAGGCUGGCUUGGCGCCAUCGGACCCUCGAGUACCACAUUUCCCAGGUAGCUAAGCGCACACCGAGGAACCUCAUAAGCGACUCCGAGACGAAGCGACAGCAGAAGGCCGUUGAUGCGGCAACUGGGCGUAUCGUAGGCUUCGCUCGUUGGUAUCUGCCCUCUUCCCAUUCGAAGAACACCGACGGUACACCAGUGUGGUCAGAAGCCAUGGUACCAGCUGUCAGCGCCGAGGAAGAAGCCGAGAUCCAGCGAGUGGCCCAGACAACUCACUGGGACCCAAACGAAGAGUCAGACGAGCUACUCAUCCCGAUCUGUAAGGCGAAGAACGAAAUACUUGGCAAGCAGUCUUACUUACGCCUAGACUACCUGGCUGUCCAUCCAGACAACCAGGGCAAGGGGGUCGGCAGUGCACUAGUACAGAGCGGUAUGAAGCAAGCGGAAGGCCUAGGCUUGGAUAUUUUUAUUCAUGCAAUGAAAGCCGGAGUAGGGCUUUAUCAACGGCUUGGGUUCCAUGUUGAAAAAGAAUUUGUCCAAUAUGAUACUAAAUACGGUGGCGAAGGUGAUGUUUACACAGCUCUCAUGGUUAACAGACAUAAAGGCGGACAUGAUGGGUUUUAG